AUGGAAUUGGAGACAACUAUAGUAAAGAAACGAUGCACAUAUAUUAAUGAUGAACAGAAAACUGUUUUAAUUGAAUUUAUGAAUAAACAUCCUGAGCUACAAAGUGGAAAAUUUUCUGCCUCUUUUACUUAUAAAGAUGCUCAAAAAUUAUGGGAAGAAAUAACAGCACAAUUACAUCAGAUACCUGGUGCAAUAAAAGAGUGGAGUAAGUGGAGAAAGACUUGGCAAGAUAUGCGAAAUGCAACUAAAGCCAAAAAUACUUCUAUCAAGAAACAUGUUCAAGGUACUGGUGGAGGGCCUGCCUCAAGUCAAGUCUUAACAGAAAUAGAUCAAAACAUUUUGGCACUUAUUGGUCCAACUGUUGUGGAAGGACAUAAUUCAGUACAGGAAUCCAACGUGCAAUUUGAUUGGAAUAAUGAACCAGAAGUAUGUAAUUUGGAGUACCUAUCACAUGACGAAGAAAUUGUGGAAAAUUCUGUACAAUGUGACUCUCAAGAAGUAAUGCAAGAUUAUUCUACUUCAUUGAAGUCAUUACCUUUUCACAAAAAUUCAAAGAAAGGUGUAUUAAAAGCACCAAUCAUUGCAGCUAACAGCAUUUCCAACGUAAUGCUAAAUGCUAAAUCAAUUCCGAAAAAAUCUGGUACUAAAAGAACUUCCGCUGCUUUCAGAUAUUCACAGUCAAUAGAACAAACUGAGAAACUGGUCACACGAAGAUGGUGA